AUAGUUCAUAGUUCCAAACAAAAUUCUUCAUUCAUACUUAUUUUCAUGCGUAUUUUAAUUACCAUUAACGUGUAAAUAGAAAAUUUCUUGAAUUGAAUAACUUUUAUUACUCAAUUCAAAAUUAUAAUCCAUAUGGAAUAAGUUGUGUAUUAGCUUUUGGAAUAUUUUCAGAAUAUGAAUGAUGUAAAUUCAGUUGGGCCAGCUGGUCCUAUGACAAUAAAUAAAGAACUAAUUGUUAAAGAAGGAUGGCUACAAAAACGAGGAGAACAUUGGAAGAAUUGGAGAUCAAGAUUUUUUGUUCUUCUCAAUGACGGCACUUUGGUUGGUUUCAAAAAUCAACCUGAUAAUUACAGUCAUGUAGAACCUCUGAAUAAUUUCACUGUAAAAGGUUGUCAAAUUAUGUCAAUAGACAGACCAAAGCCUUUUACAUUUAUAAUAAGAGGACUGCAAUGGACGACGGUUAUUGAAAGAAUGUUCUGUGUAGAAACCGAACAAGAAAGAGAGGAAUGGGUUCAAGCAAUAAAAAUGGUGUCAGAACGAAUAUCAGACUGUGAAGAUGUAGAAAUGAACCCAGCGAAUAUUGAAAUGGGGACAAUGGAGGAUCUGUGCGAAAAAUUCUCAUUACAGGGAACUUCCAUUUCAAAAUCAACUGGAAAAAGGAAAGUUACCCUCGAAAGUUUUGAAUUUAUUAAAGUGCUUGGGAAAGGUACUUUUGGAAAAGUGAUCCUAUGUAGAGAAAAAGCCACCGGAAGAUUAUAUGCUAUAAAAAUUCUCAAAAAAGAAGUAAUUAUUCAAAAGGAUGAAGUUGCACAUACCCAAACUGAAAACAGAGUUCUGCGGACAACUCAUCAUCCAUUUUUAACUUCUCUAAAAUAUUCUUUCCAAACAAAUGACCGAUUGUGUUUUGUCAUGGAAUAUGUCAAUGGUGGGGAACUUUUCUUUCAUCUGUCCAGGGAGAGGGUGUUUUCUGAAGAAAGGACCCGAUUUUAUGGUGCCGAAAUCAUAUCUGCCUUAGCUUACCUUCAUUCACAAGGAAUUAUUUAUAGGGAUCUUAAACUCGAAAACCUCUUGUUAGACAAAGACGGUCAUAUAAAAAUUGCCGAUUUCGGACUCUGUAAAGAAGACAUUACUUAUGGACGUACGACUAAAACAUUUUGUGGCACUCCGGAGUAUUUAGCACCAGAGGUUUUAGAAGAUAAUGAUUAUGGUAGAGCAGUCGACUGGUGGGGAAUAGGAGUGGUUAUGUAUGAAAUGAUGUGCGGAAGACUACCGUUCUACAAUAGAGACCACGAUGUCUUAUUCACCCUCAUUCUUAUGGAAGAAGUUAAAUUUCCGAAGAAUUUGAGCUCAGAAGCAAAGGACCUUCUUGCCGGGUUACUCGUUAAAGACCCCACGCAAAGAUUGGGCGGCGGGCCAGAUGAUGCGAAACAAAUUAUGGCCCAUCCGUUCUUUAGCAGCAUUAAUUGGAGGGAUUUAGAACAAAAAAAGAUUCCACCACCUUUCAAACCUCAAGUGGCGAACGACACAGACACGAGGUAUUUCGACUCCGAAUUUACGGGAGAAAGCGUAGAAUUAACGCCGCCGGAUAGCAAUAGGCUGUUGGGUUCCAUACAGGAGGAACCUUACUUUCCCCAGUUCAGUUUUCAAGAUUUAUCAUCUACAUUGGGAAGUUCGGCUUACAUUAGCGGUAGCAUGACCAGUGUAGCUCCGAUGCAGUGACUUACCUCAUUGCACAACGUUCUAGGUACUUAUAUGGAAAUACAACUCCACUAGACAGUAAGUUAUAAAUCGUUAUCAUUUUUGUGAUAAUUUUUUAUACAUAAUGUAAAUAAAAUUAAUAUGGUAUUGUUUUAAAAACAUGCUAUUCAUUUUGUAUAUAAAUAAGUUAUUACAUUUCUGUAGAUAAAUUAGUGAAUUUUUUUUAAUUUUCAUUAUAAACAGAAAAAGUGAAUUGUGUGUGGUUUUCAAAAACUAGAACUUUAAAAAAUUUUGAUGCUUCAUUAUUUAGAAUGUCCUAUUUUUUUUAUAAAACUUUGAAAUUCAUAUUUUAUUUAAAAAUUAAAAUAUAACAAUUUAUGAAAAAAAAAAAAAUGUUUAACAAUAAUAUUUCAUUUUGGUAUUGCCUUAAAUAAUAAUUACUUUAAUCUUUUUGAAAAGUGGUAAAUGUUCAAAAGUGUUUUGUAGAUCUUUUUAUUAUUUUUUGGCUGCAUUUUUAUUUUUCUUAUUUCCAUAUAUACAAUUUUGUUAUUAAAAAUCUUCAUCUAUUUGUAGACAUUUCGUUAUUGUUGUAAUAAUUUAACAAGACUCGGAAAGUAAUUAAAUGCUAAAAAAAGGUUUCAUUUUUAAAUAUAUUACAAUUAUUAACAAUAUUAUUUAAAUUAAUGAUAAUGGACCAUCGUCUGCAAUGACCUUCAAUUUUCUUCUGAUUGUCCCAUCAUCUUUAAGACAACAACAGGAUCAAUUUCUUGAUUUUUUAAUACGAAAAAAUAUGGGGUCACUUUGGAAUACUUUUCAAACUGCGCCUGCGUGACAGUUGGCUAACCUAACCUGUUGACACAUGUCAAAAAUCGAUUUAACUUUACAUAUGUCGUUAAAUGUCAUCUAACGUAACUGUAAAUCAAAAAAAUCCCCUUUAAACUAUGAAAAAGAUGAGCCUAAAAAGAAGACAUUGAAACCAAAAGGGCAUUAACGUACCUAUCCGCUAAUUCUAGUCUGAUUUGCGUGAAACAAAUGGCACUAUGAAGGAGACUGGCAUAUGUUGACAUUGAAGAGAAAACAGAAAUUCCUUUUCAUAAUCUAACUUAUGACAUUUUCCGGAACUGAAGCAGGAAAACUAAACUGUCAAAAUUACGAAGAAAUUGACACCAUACUUCCAGUCUCGAUUUUUAGUCGGGAUAUUGUCUGGACGUCUUAUAACAUAAACUACUUCCAGGGCUGUAUGCUUGUUCGCAACCGACAUUGUCGAUACAACAAAUCCUUUGAUUUCGUAUUUAAGGAGCCAACAUUCCACGACCAGUUUCGCCCAAUUUGGGGCUCACCAGGCAGAAGACAAAGUUCUACAAAAUUAAAAUAAGUAAAAUGUUACAUUUCAUUUUCUACAUCUUGAUUACACGCCAUUUAGUACCAAUACAGAAAACUUUAUUAAAACAUUUUUUAUGUAAAAUAAUAACGGGUUGGUAAUUUAUAAUAAACAACCCUUGUACAUACAUUAAAAAUAAAUUAGCUUAAAAGCAAAUUCUUGAAUGAAAUUCAAAAACUUCUAAAACACUAAUCUUUUUCUGUUUAUUUUGAUGAUUUGUUAAAGUAACAGGUAACUUACUAUUUAAGAAUAGCUUUUUACUAUUGUAGACUAGCACAAGGACGGUAUUGCUUUUCCUAAGAUAUUAAUAAAAAAAAAUAAUUACUGUAUUAUGAAACGGAAUUGUAUCAAUUGUUUAAUAGUGUGAUAUUUUUAUUGAAUGUAAUUGAAUCUGUAGAUUUCUAUUUUUUACUAUUACUAAUUAAUUGUAAUGCAACCCGAAGAGUUUUGGCACAAUUGUUACAUAAAAGGCAUGACAAUAUAAUAUUAAUUUUAACGAUUAUUUAUACCAAAAUUACCUGCUUAUAACAGGAUUUUAGUCACCACAAUUCUCUAUGUAAUAACUCAAUUGAAAUCUUUUUAAAAGUGUUAAAAUGAAGUAGUUGGUAGGAGUUUUAGUUUCCUCUCACUGGUAGGACAUGACAAUUUAAUCUCACUGGUCAGGAACAACGAAUUUUCUAUACCUCUUAUAACAACACAAUGCGAUAUGUAGUUAUAACAAAUAAUUCUGAAGAGAGAUAGCCAAUUAUACUAUUUCUCAUAUGGAUGGCCUCAAAUCAAUACCACGUAAGUCAGAAACUGUCAUUUUUCAGGAAAGACAAAAAACUUCGUAGUUAUACUAAAAAUGAUAAUUAACAAAGCAAAACAGCUAACUAAAUAUACCUGUGUCCUAUACAAAGGUCUAACAUGGGAUAUUUAGAAAAAGUUUUUGAUUUUUUGCUCAAUUUGACUUGUAUUGGAGGUAUUGGAGAGAAAAAAUAAAGGAGUUACGAGUUAUUGUUGUAUCUUUUAUUUUUAAUUUAUUCAUUUAAAAUUUUAAUAUCUAUACAAUUAUCACAAAAUCUCUACACCUAUAAGUUUUAUAUACUUAGCAAAACAAAAUAAAAUUAUUCUUAAUGCUGUAAGCUAUCGUAAAAUAACCAACAGUCUUCAGGCAUUACGGGUUUUAAUUCUUGAAGAUGAUUAAAUUUAGUUUUUUUUUUUUUUAAUUUUUAGCCAUUCUUUAUGGAGUUUCUUAAAAACGUCUUUACAAACAAUCGACUUAUUUCGUUUUAUUCUUUGCGGCAGUGGUAAUUAUCAUCAAAAUUGAGCUUAUACAAAAUUAUUCCUUCAGGUGUAUAUUUUAGGGCUCUUGUAUCAACCAAAUUUGGAUUUCUGGCCUUUCUUCCCGGUCUUAUAGACGAUUAUAUCAAAUUAUCAUUAAAAUUGGUAAAAAAAUCGUAGCAAUUAUGUCUUUGUAGAAGUUUAGGUUAUCUAUUUCUCUCCAUUCGCCAUAUAAAGCUGUCAGUAAAUCAUUUAUAUAUUUUUUAUUUGCAUCCGAAAUCAUGUGUCCCAACUGCUUGUCUUCCAAAACAAAAGAAUCAGAUCCCCACUGACGACCCCUCUUCAGCAGUGAGAUGUAUUUUUCAUAUUCAUGCUCGAAUCUGAAAUUUUCAUUUGCUUUGGCUGUAAUAUUAGUUUUUCCAGACUUUGUUGUGAUUCUUUUUUAGUAAAUUCUUUUCUUAUUGCUUGUAUUCUCUAUAUUCUUUAGAUGUGUAGAGAUACUUUUGGUGUCUUUCAGUGUCCAAUCUGUUCCCAACUGCUUUACAGCUCCAAUUUCUUUAAAUAGCUCAUAAUACUCUUCUUUUGUUAACAUAGUAGUUUUCUUCCGAAGAAUUUUCUCUAACCUUCCAAAAACACGGUCGGCAGGGAGGAAACUAUGGCCUCGAACAGGAAAUAUAAUGAUGAUCUCUUUGAUAGGACCUUGGUGGAUUGAAAGGAAGUACAUUAAUGUGUGGAUAACAAUGUUGUUUUUGUUUUGUCCUCCGCAUCCAUCACAGAAGAGCUUUAAACCCUUUUUCCAUUAAAAUCACAUGUUUUCAAGAAGUCCAGGAGAGCUGAAGAAACUUCAUUUGACCCUCUCCCAGCUUGCUCUUCAGUCCAAGUGUAGAAUAUUGGAUUAGCAUUUUUUACAUCUGUAAUACAUAGAUUAUAGAAUGAAAGUUGCCGAGCAUAAAAUGCUUCUUGAAUAGGAGUUUUGGGUAACUGCUGCACUUGUUGCAUGUCAAAGCAGUAGAUAAUGUCUUCUUCAUGUUCUUCUUUCAUGAGUUAAUUAAAAGCUUGAGCUCUUUUUUUAUAAAUUCUGAGUUGUAUUAACAAGUUAACUUUGGCUUCACCAAUAGCAUUUUUUAUGAAUCCAAUAUUAAAGUCCUUGUUGAAGACACGUCGAAACAUUGCAAGAGAUACACGCAAAUCGUUUUCAGUCAUGGAAUUGUAUGCUUUAUGAAGUUUCUUGAUAUUCAGAUCACAUCUAAGGUACACUCUUUUAGAUCUGUUUCUAGAAUAGUGGCUCUCAUAAGCAGGCAGGGAACCAAUAUAUUGUCUAACAGAAUUUUUCUUAGCCUCAGACAAGUGGCUUUUUCUAUCACCACCCCUGUUUUUUGUGAUGUCCAUAACCAAAAAUUUUUUGUUUGCAAAGGCUGUGUAAGCGUGUAGAUUUCAUCUGAACUAUGUGAAGAAAAAAAUUCUUGCAGACAUAAAUAGUUUGGCCGUUUCUACGUGGCCGUUUCUACAUUGAAUAAUCUAGGCUUUGCUGCUUUCGUCCGGUUAGGGCGUUACCUACGACGAACCACUUUUGCAAGUAUCAGGAAGUUUGAAACCAUCCUCUCUUGGCGAAUUUUGUCUGGUACACUGUAGAUUCUAUUACUGAAUUCUAAAGCAUCAGGUGGAAUGAUUUUGUUUGAUGAGUGCAAGAAAUAAAAGUAUUCGAAGUUCUAGGUUUAGCAUACAAUUUCUCUUUCCUCAAAGAACUUCUUCUUUCCUUACUAUGUUUCCAUCUUUUACCAAUACUGAUACAGCAUUCUUAAUGGCCUCCAUGGUAUUAAAAACUGUAAAUUUGACUUCAAGUCUAAAAGUUUUUCAAUAUUAAUUUCUCAUUAAUUCUUAAUAAUUAAUAUUAUUAAAAAAUGUCACACAUCUUAUAAUUUUUGAUACUGAAACUGUCAAACGGAUAAAAUAAUAUGAGAAGGUGAAGACAGAAGUCAUGUGAUUAUAAUAUUCAACGCUCAUUAGCUGCUUUGGACAUGUUCGUCUUUGAUUGAAAUUGAGCAGAGGACAUGUUUGUCUUUGAUCAAAACCUCAAUAUUUUGAAGGCUAAAACCAUGGGACUCGUUCGUAAAUGAACGUUUUUGAUUUAAAAAUUAAAUAACAUUAAGAUGAAACUGCCAACGCGCGUAAAAGUCCGUCAAAUUUAUAUUUUUGUUUUUAUUUUCACAAAAUGCUUUCGUUUUAUUGACUACAAAAUGUUUCAUAUUUUUGGUAUAAGCCUGUUUAGUAGUUUCAAUUGUGCUAUAACCUCUUAAAAUGAAUUAUUCUUGGGCAUUGUAAAAAUAUGAAAAUAAUUAAAAGUGUAAUUUUAAUUUUGAUUAAAAUUGUCGAUAAUCCUACAAGUCUGUAAACAGCAAAAGGAUUUUAACGAAAAAUAUCAAAAAAUAAUAAUUUAAAAAAAUUGAGAUUUUGACAUUUACAUGAAGAAUAUUGUUCUUUAUUUAUCAGAAUUAUGUAAUGAUUGCUAUAUUGUAUUCUAUUAAAAUUGAGGUGCUAAAAUUUGCAUAAAAAUUCAUUGUUUUAUUUUCUCGAUUUCUUUUUCUUCAUCGCAACUACUUGAAAUUAUAAUUCCUAGGUGUUCAAAUUCAUGCACUUUAUCAAAUUUAUACUAGGUUCUUUUUGGGAUGAUUUCUAUUUGAGAUCUCAUCGAGACAAGAGACACUCAAAUGUCCAUACUCCUAACUAAAAAGACUCCAUAAAUUUGAAACAUGAUUGAAGAGGUACGCCAGAAUCCAUGACUGGUUACUACUGUUUAUUGACAUAAUGUAUAAUUCAUGGCAUUUUGAAUGUCAUCAUCUAUCUCUAAGGGUGUGUACAUGCCAAAGAUGCCUCGAUGAUAGGUGAUGGUUAAAUGGAUAUCAAUCCAUGUAAUACAAAUGUAUGGUGUGAGGGUGUGCUAAACUAUGGUAUGUGGCUAAUUCUCAAAAAAAGUCGAAAAUGGUUUUAAAAAACUUGUCAAAUUAGUUUUAACAACAAAUCUUUUCUUCAACCGUCCGAUCUAGUGUGACCAAUGUUGCCAACUACAAAAAAAAAUUUGUAGAGGGGCUUGGUAGGCCUUUUAAUUUCGCUCCAAUCACAUUGUUUCAAAACGGUGAGAAAUGAUAGAUUUUUCAACGACAAAUUUUGAAUUUAAAAAUAUUUCCAUUCGCAUUUUUUAAACUAUGAACUCAUGUAGGUACAGUCAAUACUAUCCUAUAUAAGUAAAAAAUAAGAUAACAAACAAUUAGUAAGGAAUUUUCUGUUUUAAGUUAAUAAUUAUCUUCGAAUUUAGAAGUUGGGACAUAGUGAGGGAAUGAUUUUCAGGGUACUUUCUUAGACAUAUCUUUUUUGUUUAUCAUAUAGGAAAUAAAUUUAUUUAAUAAAUUCAUACAUCUAGUACAGUACUUUUAUAAAAAAAAAACUUUUCCUAAUUGACGAUCCUGGUUUAUAGAAAUCAUUAAGGACAUCAAUUUCGAUUUUUUUAAAAAGUCAGCCAUGUACAUUCUUAUUUAAAUUAGUACAGUUAUUACAUCGCCUAUCGAUCAUCGAGGCAUCUUCGGCAUGUACACACCCUAUUGAAUUAACUCACCGAUAUUUGUAGAAUAAAAAGUGUUACGUAAAGACUAUAUUUAUUUCGAAAAAUAAUAGAUAUUCGCUAGUUGCGUAAUAUCGAGAACAAUUUAAAAUUGUUUUCUUGAAAACGUAAAAAAAAACUUUUUUGAGAUUGUAGUUUUAUUUACAUACGUCAUAAGUAAAAUAUAAUUUUUUGGUAAUCAAUUAUUGUUUCAUCACAUACAUGAAAAAAUCGUAUUAUAAUUAAUUGGUUUUGGUACUGAAAUAAAAAAAAAAUAGAUGGACUUGACAAAAUUCUUGUAUAGGAUUGCUUCAAUUAACUCUCCCUUAAUGCUUAUUAAAUAUUUUUAUAAUGCUAAAUUUCACUGCCAAAACAAUAGUACAAUUAACUCUUUUAAUUAUUUACUGCAUGGAAUAUAAUUCCUGUAAUUUAUGUAACAUGUGAAUUUGAAUGUUUCAGAGUUAUUUUGUAAAUAUUCUAUAAUUUAUUCUUUUUGUAAUCUUAUUUUUUGACAAAUAAUAUCGCCACAUAACUAACUGCAUUUUAUUUAUCCAUGUCCUGAUCUAAAACUGAUGAAUUCCUAUUUUAUGUAAAAAAAAUAAAUGUUUUAGCUCCAACACAUUAUAUUCAGAGUGAUCCAUAACUAUUGGGACAUAGGCUAAGGGCAGG